AAUUUUAUAAAAAAUACCAAAAAUAUAACAUAAUGUUACGUGCUGCAAUACCGCCUCUACCUCCGUCACUGGACAUGAACGCCAGCAUGAAAAAGCGCGGGCCCCGGCCCUCGCUUAGUAAGCGGGCACACUCCAGCAGCCCAGUCGCACCACGUGCUAGAAGUCCUGUCCAAAUAAAGAAGCCUGGUUUAGAAAGACGAUGCCAAAGUUUGUCACCGUCAAGUCAAGCGUCAAGAAAGUCGAUGCUGCGACCUGCGUUUGCACCGACGAGUGCAUCUGCUCCCGAGACCGCCAACAAUACGAAUCCUACAAAUUCACAACCGGAAUCCGACGAAAAAGAACCCGUGUUACCGCAAUGCCUUAUAACAAAAAUGUUAAGAAACUUGGCAACGAAAAAAAGAGAGUUUAUUAAAUUGAGAAAAAGUGUCAUUUUACAGCAAAAUUCUUUGCUAGAACAUUUCGCUGCUCUAAAAGAGUUAGAAUCAAGAGCUGGUGUCACCAAUGAAGAAGGAUUGGGUGAUGUGAGGAUCCUGUCGGUCUCGGGCUGGCCUGCUCACGACCUCCUGCUGCUCGUUCGUGAUGACCUGGCGACACCAUUAAGCGGGGAGAUUAAUGGCCUUUUCGGGCCCCAAGUUCUACAGCAGCUCCAUGCUCAGCUGAACCCGAUUCCUGAGGAGGUGCUUGGAAUGGGAGCCGAGAUCAUGGCACGACGUAUCGAACUCCUCAAUCUUCUUCGAGGGAAGCACAGGACAGAUCGAGCUACGUAUCUCACUAAUUUAGAGUGGAAAACGAAAAAUACUGAAUUUGACCACGAAACAGAAAAAUUGCAUAGAAUGGUUGCAGGUACAGCAGAGAACCUAAAAGCUAAAAUAAAUUAUUCUUUGGAACUAGCAAGAGUCCCUUGGUUAGAUCGUGAUUCGAUGAUCAGAAAAGUUGAACGUGUGCAAAAAGAAAAUAUGAUACUGCAACAUAAAAUUGAGGAAAUGACAAAGGAAAAACCCGAUGAUAGUAAAGAUGCAAACGGACAUGAUACAACGCCAACAUAUCAGGCGUUAUUCGAAGAGCUGACGAAAGAGCGAGCAGCCCGCGAAGCCCUGAAGGAGGUGGUGUCUGCGGCGGAGAGCAUGCUGCGGGUGGCGCGCGCGCGCAUAGCGACGCUGGAGCGGCAGCUCAAGGACACGCGCGCCGAGCUCGACGCCGCGCGCCGCAAGCACAAAGACCUCGAGCAACUCGUAAACAGACUCGCACUCGAACAUUCACAUAAGACAUAUCGCCAUCGUGAAACGAGUUACGAUGCACGAUCUAAAAAGCUGCUUGAAGUGUCCAAAACUGGGGAAAUUACAAUUGAAGCUUUGUCUCGACAACGUGACGCUCUUGAACUCAGGGUAAAGGAACUUCGCGAACAAGCAGAGAUGGCAGAAAGAGCGGCCGAAUUCCGUGAGGCCGAACAGCGGGCGAGAGCUGAUUCGCUUCAGGCGAAGGUAGCAGAACAGUUUUUUCAGGAGAAAUGUAAAGAGGUUGCUGAAGAUAAAGUGGGUGAGCUUGAAGCGCGGGUUAAGGAAUUGGAAGAACAACUUUCAGCCUUACGAGAACGAUCGGUGAGACUGGUUGACAUGGAGCGCAGAAGGUGCCUUGAAUAUGUUCCAUCAAAAGAAAAUGAGCCAUCUGACAGAGAAACGGAGAUAUGGAAGGAGCUUCAAGUUACGAGAGUUGCGCUGUCCCGAGCAGAAGAGGAACUACGCCAAAGUCGAGCUGACAAAGACAGUUUUCUAAACUCUCUAUCGAGAAUUGCGCAAGGAGAAGGCACGGAUAACUUACAAGAUAAGAUGGCUACGGAAUUGUUAGACAGGGAACAAAAAGUUGUCAAAUUGCAACAUAUCAUAGAAGAACAACGAGAAAAUGAAAAACUAAUGGAACAAACUAUGACUCAGUAUGAGAAUCAAUUAGCGGCGCUGCGCCUUGAAGUGAAACGAUUAAGAAAUUACGACUGUUAUGCCAAAGAAGUCCAGUAUCAAGAAUUGCAGACUGAGCUGCUAGAGAUGCACAUGCAAGUGGAGACGUUGUCGCGUGAGCGCACGGCGCUGGUGACCGCAGCAGCGUCGCGCGCGCUCAUGCUGGAACGUCACGAGCGUGCAGCUGAACUUUUCGCGCGAAUGACACGCGCGCGUCGAGACCUCGCCGCCCUCCUAGAUGGACGGACAGAACCGCCUCCUAUAGAGGAGGCAGCGCAUGCAGAGGUGUCCAGAUCUCUGUCAUCUGUGUGCGCGAACGCAGCGGACACAUGGACAGCGUUGCGAGCUGAGCGCGCACGCGUUUUACGCCUGGAAAGCGCCGUGCUGGCUCAGAGCCUACAGCUGGAGCGCGAGGGCCGCGUGCGCACACAGCUGGAGCGCCGCCGUGCUAUGCUGGAACGAGACCUGUUGCGCGCUCAACACGCCGCCUCCUCCGAACACUCCACAAUGGGCAAGAAUCCAAGUUUGAUUCCGGACAUUUUUUGGCAUAAACAAGAGAAGAUGACAGCAUUUAUGUAUUAUUAAUAACAAAACAAUAGAAACCUGUUUGUCA